GAGAUGGAAUGAACAACAAAAGUCUUUUUCACACUCUGCCUUCACUUCUAUCUAGGAAUUCUGACAGCCUCAGCUUCUGAUAACUCAUAGUAAUUUCUUUGAAUCAUAUUCCAGCUGCUUGCAACUGAGGAAUCCAGCCCUGUGAACUGUGACACAUUGGGAUAGAUCAUCUGCUGCACUGCUGCUCUUCAAUAACAUAUAGCCUGAAGCUUCAACUGGAGGACAUAUAAAAAACCUUCUUCCACCUUGUCCACAAGGCUUCCAGACUCCUGGAUGGCUUGUUCAUUUGUCUUCUUCUAAGAUCCAGCACAUUCACUGAGCAAUGUCACAGCAGAAGCAGCAAUCUCAGGGGGUUCCAGAUGCUCCCAAAUGUUCUCCUCCCCAGUGCCCAAAUCUCUACAUAGCUCCCUGCUCUGUUCCUUGUGGAGCUCCCAUUUCAGGAGGUUGUGGUUUCUGUUCCCAAAAGCACCAGGCUCAGAGUCUGUCCUGCCCCCGGAGAGUUCGCCGCCAGAAGCCUAGCUGUAUCAGUGGUGGCACAGUCCACUACUGCAAAGAAGAAGAAUGUUAAGAUGAUCUGGUACAGAGGAGUGGGGCACAAGGACAACUGCUGUCAUCUCACCCUGACGUCGUGUACUAAUUCUAAGUGGAAGCCCAGGGCCUCUGCCUCUCAUUGGGCUGAGAAAUACUUCCUGCUUCCAGCCCUACAGAAAUGAGAACUGGAGUGAGCAGUUCUUUUGCUUCUAUCUCCUAUCUACACCUUCAACUCAGUCAUAAUAAAGAUGUGUGGCUGGAGUAA